GCAAAUCACUUCAUACUUGGUGUUCUUAGAGUAAAGACAUCCGGAAUCGGAAGAAAAUCAAUUCAACAAUAUUUAUAACAUAGUUAUAAUGUUUGAGUGAGGAAAUAAAUAAUAAAGUGAUCGGGAAAAUUAACAUUUUAUUUAAAUUGGAAAAAACUAAAUCCAAUAAAUUAUUAAAUAUACUUAUUGGUAGAGUGUUAAUCCAAAAAUGAAAGCACAUUGAACAGUCUUUUUUGGUAAAGUAAUAAAUAGUUUUUUCUUGUCAAAAAUUGUAAUAGUGUUGUUUGAAGUAAAACAAAAAACUAUGGCGCUCCUAAAAUAUGUUUUCUUUGAACUGUGCACUCUAUUGGUGUUUUGGAGCCAGAUUAAUGCUCACUUACUGAAGCGUGGAGCCUCCUUCAUGGACGAUGAUGCAACUGUUCGCACCGAAAUUGUCGACCGCAAUAAUCGUACAAUUUUGGCCAGAUUCAACCUAACGGUGGCUCAAAUGAACAGUAUUAUGCAGAGCCAAAAUCCAAAUAAUGAGGAUCGCGUCGGUCAAGACGCCACACAACGCUUUCAUGUUAUCAAAGAGUUUCGCAUUAAUGACAUAAAGAAUCGUUUGCAAUCAGCUUUUCAAGCAAGUAAUUCAGAUGAGAAUCAAGGUCAUCCAUUGCACGAAAUCGCAGCAUACCCCAUAUGCAACUCCGAGUCUACCGAGAGCUCCUGGAUGCAUGACAACAAUGUGACAAUUCGAUUUUCCGACAGCCUGUUUGAGCCAAAACGUGACAAUUUGAAUCUGGAUAGCGCCAUACUUCGUUUAUAUAAAGUCAAUCCAAACAAUACUGACGAUCCCAACGCAUCGAACGACGAUGGAGACAAAGAGGCAAAAAGCUGUGGUGAUCCUUUAACGCUAACUCCACAAAUACGUGUCACCGUUUCCAUUGUACGGCAAUUGCGCAGAAACAAACGAGAGCGUAAGAAGCAUAUUUGCAAUACAACAAUGAUGAACAUUUCCAAAACCGGCUGGGUCGAAAUCGACAUCAAACGCGCCAUUUAUAUUUGGGAGAGUGUCGAACGCCAGCAGCAGCAGCAAUCCCGCCAGCAACCGAUCCAAAUUGGCUGGUUGAUGAUCGAAGUGCAUGAUGAGGAGGAGAAUCCGCUGAAGCCCGGACUCUUUUUCAAUCCACCCAAAUGUGAUCAGGCAGAAUUUGCAAUCCCGUGGAAUUACUACGGACCGCACACGUCUAUGUCUCCUUUUGCAGCGCACGAAGUGCCAAGAUAUCCAAGAUUAGAUGUCAAAUUGGUAGGAUAUGCAUCAUUCGCACCAAAAAAUAUUAAAAAAGAAGUGCACGACAUGCUACGCGGCAAUUUACGACGACAAUUAUUUAACCAUUCAAAGGCCUCUGAGGAAGAUUUGCAACCGGAUGAACAACAUUCCACAUCAGAGAAAACACCACCCGUUGAUAAUCUAUUUCAAUUGUCCGCAUCUAUGGAUGUGGAACCUAAACACAGCGCCAAAAAACGCCAAUCCGAUCAGAAUAUUUCGGUUCAAAAUUUUCACAUAGCUCAUCACGAUCAUAACCACCGCAGCCAUAAGCAUAACCUUCACGUGAAUAAUGAAAAGCAAGAUUUAACCACUUCGAAACAAAAGGCUCGUCCUGAAACUUUCCAAUCGCAUAAUGGAGGUCCACAAUAUAAAAUCCAUAAUCGACACAACAGUCAUCGGCGUAAUCACCAUCCACACAAACAGCAUCAGCAUCUCACAUUUCCUACAAACUCGCCUGUGCAUUGAACGAAUAAAGGAGUCCAAAGAAUCAUCCAAAUCCAUCGCUUGAAGCGCUUUCAACAUUACAUAAAAAAUCUACAAGCUCGUAACGCACACAUACAGUAAUCUUCCCUGUCCUAUAGGCCGUACAACUUAAUUAGAAUUUAACACUUAUACAUAUAUAUCCA